AUGAGAAAUAGUAGUCAGUCAUCUGACAAAAGAGAAACAAUAUCAACAUCACCCACCUCAGGGUUUUACGAAUCGGAUGACGCUAUCAUAGAGGUGCGACACAGCGAAGACAGAAGCUUCAAUAGGGACGUGUCGGCAUUCAAUAACUAUCCGACUUCUCCGAUGUUCAUUGAUGUAGAAGAGUUUGGAAAACCUCUCACCCAAUCGUCAACUUCAUCGGAAAAUUACAUGAUAAAGGUACCGAACCUCGCUUUCUCGACCCAUCAAUCAAAUUAUCAGACGGGAAAGUUAUCGGCACGUCUUGCAGAGAUGAGAAAUAGUCGUCAGCCAUCUGAUGAAAGGGGAACAAUAUCAACAUCCACCUCCGGGUUACACGAAUCGGAUGACGCUAUGAUAGAGGUACGACACAGCGAAGACAGAAGCUUUGAUGAGGGUAAGUUGGCAGUUGAUAAACAUCCGACUUCUCCUAUGUUCAUUGACGUAGGGGAUUUUGGAAAGCCUUUCAAUCAACCGUCGACUAGAUCGGAAAAUUACAUAAUAGAGGUCCGACAUAGUGAGGAGAAGAGAAUCGAGGCGGUCAGAGAAGCUUUAUCAAACGGCUACAAACUAGGUAUGGCUCCUUCCAUAAAAUCAUAUACCGAGUCACAUUCCAAUGUCGGUAGUUCCGGUCACACAGAAGACGAGCGGGAGGAGGGCCAGAUAGAUGAAGAGGACGAUCAGAUAUGGGUGAAGCAGAUGAACCCCUCGAGUCCACCGGGAAUCGAUGGAUUUCAGUUGAAACCGAUCACCACUGGGGACACAAAUACAUUCGAGGAGAAUGAUGUCGGAGAGUCAGGUAGUGACGUUCAAAGAGAGAUGAGGGAAGAUCACUGGGAACCCUCCAUUGAAGAUGGAGAGGAAACGGCAGAAGUCAUUACUACUUCACCUGAGUCUGAGGCUGAAAGCGACCACAGGCGGAUGCCCUCCAUUCGUAAUGUGAACCCUCCUCAAUUAUCCGUCGACAUGGGGAGUAAAUUCUCAAUGGAAUAUCUACUGAGUCAUUUUCAGAUUCCCAUUCCAGACCAAUCUCAAAAUACUGAAGGUUCGGAUCCAUUACCGACAAGUCAUCAAACAAGUCCUCGAAAGUUUGGAAGAGUGGUGAGCACGAAGAUGACACCAUCCUUAUCUGAGCGUUCCACAAGAGUUAGUGCCUUGAGCGAACUCCUGAUUUCAGUCACCAAACAAAGUUCCAAACAGAGAUCUUUUUCAUCCACAGAUCAAAGUAACGAACGUGACGUUCCAUUCAGUAUGCUUCCUCGUAGUUCAACGAAUUUCCAUCGUGCAAAACGUAUCGAGUUGUCUUCGUCUUUUGGCAUCAACACCGACGACCUCCCCCAAAUGACCAAUACGAUCAAUACGUUGGGUACCAACGGGAAUCCAACAACUGAUAACUCUACCACUUACUCUUAUCCAAAAGUGACUUUGGCAAGUUUUGACGCUAAUGAGAAGUCAUACUAUCAGACUAGUGUUCAAGAUACUAGAGCCAAGAGCUGGUGGAGGAAACCACUCCCAAGCCGUGGACCUCAGAUUCGGUUGUCAUCUUCCGGAAAUGAACCGCCAAUGACAAGCAGAUGGACGUCAGUGUGGAAAGGUGAAAACAGUAGAAAAUUCUUUGGACUUCCUUCUCGGAUGAUGACGGCGUUAACGAGGGGAACUAAGGUGGGACCUACGACACGGGCGACUUCGAGGUUUGUUGGAACUUCACGGAGAUUCUUCUCUCCAAGGGUAUAA